AUGGAAAGACUGACAAUAGUCUUAUUUGUCCUUCGUUCAUGUAGCUGUGGCACAUUUGGACAGUCAUGUCAAGAUAACUGUGGGGAAAAUUUUGCCUCAUGCUCAUGCUACCCAACGUGCGUAUCUCUGGACACCUGCUGUGCGGACUACAAAGAGUACUGUGUGGAUACCGUGCCAUACUCUGGGACGAUUCUGGGUGGGACAGACUUUAUGCUUCUUGAAGCAAGUUUUGAUAAGAGUUCGGCCAUUGUAUGCAGGUUCAACUAUAACACCAAUACUUUGGGGUACGUGGAUGAAAAUGGAAGAGGCCAUUGUAUCUCCCCACUGUUGUAUGAAACAGGAUGGGUUCCUUUGCAAGUCUCCUCCGAUAACGGCGCAACAUUUAGCAGAGUUGGAUCCUGGCUCUCAGUUCACACUGGCAAGUUAGAUUCUAAGUUUAAGGCCAUACUGGUGAACUCAACGAAGUGGCAGUACUAUGGUACACCUGGUUUCGGAGGCUCUCUGGGGAUGACGUGGACUACCUCUCUGGUCGAUGCUGAGAAUGUCAACAUAGAGCUGUGGGGUUACAGGGAGACAGGAGAGCCCUAUACAGACACUUGGCAGGGUGAAUGGGUCUAUCUGUACUCACUUGCGAAGGAUUAUCCCAACAGUGGCUCUUUUAGCUUUGUGCCCAAACCAGCAGAAAAGGAUUUUUCAACUUGGGAGCUAGGAGCUUUACGUGUCAGCUCCAGCAACCAUACCGAUGGCAUAUGGAACGUACACUCUGCAUGGACUGAGGAUCACGCUCUGGCCUGGCAUCUGGAGGAGAAAUUCAGGCUUGGCUCAGAAGUCUGGGCCCGAAAAUGUUUGGCGUGGGACAAACUGGAAACUCAGCUGCCCAACUUCCUCAGCGAGAUCAUCGACUGCCCCUGCACUCUGGCUCAGGCUCGAGCUGACACAGGGAGGUUUCAUACUGACUAUGGCUGUGAUAUCGAGAAAGGAAGUGUGUGCACUUAUCAUCCGGGGAGUGUUCACUGUGUACGGGCCAUACAAGCAAGCCCCAUGUACGGAGCAGGACAGCAGUGUUGCUAUGACAGCACCGGUGCUCAGAUCCUCACAGCUGACUCGAUUGGGGGCAGUACUCCAGACCGAGCACACGACUGGGGCUCUCCUCCAUUCAACAAACCUCCUCGAGUUCCUGGAGAGUCCCACUGGGUGUACGAUGUCCUCAGCUUCUACUACUGCUGCCUCUGGUCCGACAACUGUAACUACUACUUCAAACACCGGCCGUCCAGCGACUGCAGGCGCUACCAGUCACCCAGCCCAGCCGUGGUGUUUGGAGAUCCCCACUUCAUAACAUUUGAUGGCGUCAGCUACUCCUUCAAUGGAAAAGGAGAGUACACUUUGGUUUUCUCAGAAAAGAAUCUGACGAUCCAAGGAAGAACAGAACCUGUGAACGGAACCUCUAUAAAGGCAACCAAGCUGUCGUAUGUCGCCAUGCAAGAAUCAGACUCUGAUGUUGUUGAGGUGCGGCUGGUCGAUGGUCACAGUGGCCUCCAAGUUCUUCAGAAUCACACCCUCUCAUUUACUGAGCAGAGCUGGAUGGACCUGCAUGGUGUGUUGUGUUUCUCCUACGUCUACAAACGUGACCGUGAGAUGUUUCCUUCCGGAGCUGGGGUGGAGGUGCGACUGAGAGAGGGGACCAUGAUGACCACUGUGCUGCUGCCUGAAGAGUUCAAAGACUCUACUCUAGGGCUGUUGGGACGGAUGAAUGGUGACCCUGCUGAUGACCUCACACUUAGCAAUUGGAUGCUUGUGCAGAACAGCAGCAAUCCUGAGGAGGUGUUCACCUUUGGAGCAGGAUGGGCUGUCUUGAAUGAAUGCUUGUUCACAUAUGACUCACCCUAUCUUCUGGAGCAGUAUUUCUCUGGUCCCAAACAUGACCACAGUUUUCUUCCAGUUUUCAUCCCUGAGAGUCCAGAUGAUCCAUUAGCCGAUCAGACAUCAGAGAUCUGCACUGGAGAGGGCUCAGAAUUCUGCAGGUAUGAUAUCCUGGUAGGGUCGUAGUCCCCAAAUGGGAGAAAUGCAACCAGAGUGUCUUUCCAAAGUCACGUUUCUCUUGUACAGGACUUAAAGCAGUUAGUGUUAUAUUGUGCAGUGAUAUCCUGUGGAUGGCUGGCACCUCCGAAAACGGGAUGAAAAAUGGACCAGGUAUUUACAAGGAGCCUGGUGCAGCUCUCCUGCAAUGAGGGCGACACUCUGACAGGAUCACCAGAGCGGGGUGCUGAACACGGCCAGUGGUCUGGAGAAGAGACCACCUGCGGGAAUUCUCGUAUCGCAGGAAUUGUUGCCGGCUCAGUUAUUGGAGCUCUCGCCUUGAUUCUGAUCAUAACAUCAAUCAUACUACACUCCAAAAAGCAGAAAAGAAAAGCAGCUCGUUCAGAGGAAGCUGAGAAAAUUGAGGCCUUCUAACUACCUAUCUUAGUUUGCUGAAACACUCCACUUAACACUUUAAACUGAAUACAUGCUUGGGUGAAUGCACAAAAACAAACCUCGUAAAUCAAGGCCAGAUUCAGACUCUGAUACAUCAACUCACUCCAUUUAGAGGGCUCUGUUAAAUCAUCCACCUUACAGUUAUAAAUUGAGCUGGAUGAUUACGUCAAAAUGAGACGCAUAAAUCAAUAACUCUGAGUCUGUUCAAUAAGCUGAAACUAAUAUCACUCCUGUCAAAGGUAAAAACGUAAAGCAACCUGUAAGUGUCCAAACACUCCAUUAUUGUUUCUGACAUUAUUAAAUAUACAGAAGAAAAUAUUUUGGCUGUACUUCAGAUAACUCCUUUUGUUUUCCAGAUUAAAAUAAAUAAUUAAAUUGAACUGAGCACUGAAAAUGUAUUUCCAUUAUGUCGUGAAAAGCUUGUAUGUAUUGUUCUACAGUUGCACUCUUUUUGGAUAAUAAAGUUUUUCAAAUAGA